AUGCCUUUGCACCAAGCGAAUAUCAAAUUCACCCUGGCACACCCCGCAAAGAUGGUAUUCAACAAAGCGUUAUCGAAACACUUGGCGUUAUUAAGUUAUCGGAUAAGUAAAUAUGUCGUCGAGACUGUAAGGUUGCGCAGCAAGUCCGGCUUGCCGUGGGUCGGGAGGUGCCGACGCACUCUGGCCCGGUUGAUGUGCGCGGAAAAAGAUGGUUGCAAGGGGUGGGGGCUGUCGAGCGACCAAAUGGGCAGCUCUGUGGAAGAGAGGCACUAG